AUGUCGGAACGUUCACCUCAAGAAAUUUCCACUCUCUUCAUGGCCGGCUUCCCGGACGACAUUACUGAUCGCGAGUUUUCCAACAUGUUUUUGUUUGCCAAAGGGUUUGAGGCAUCCAUGCUCAAGUACCCCACGCCGUCUUCCAACUCCCUAAAAGGAGACGAAGCUGAUUCUCGCAAGCUCGGGGAACGCCACAGCACCUGGACCAGUAUCAAUUCUGAUCCUGAUUCACGUGAGACAUCCAACAGUGGUAAUGACGCACCCACAGCGAAGAACAAACAGAUUAUCGGUUUUGCCAAGUUUACCACUCGUGAAGAAGCUCUACAGGCUCGGGAUGUGCUUAAUGGAUUCCGUGUGGAUCCCGACCGCGGCUGCAUUUUAAAAGCAGAGCUAGCCAAGAAGAAUCUACACACAAAACGAGCAGUUCCUCAUCUAUCGAGUUACCAAGAGGGAGAACGCAAAGGCCGAACGUUUGGCUUUAUUGAGGGCAAGGCCUUGGGUCUCGAAAAAGGUUUUGAAAUCUGGUCUGAACUUGCUUAUUAUGAGGGGUUCAUCAACACUUUUAAGGACCUGCUCACAAAAGCAGAAGAGGCGAAGGGUGCUAGUCGGAAAAUGCUGAAACAAAAACAGCAGCUGGACAUGCUGGAAAUGUUGUUACAAGAUAUGCCAACUACGAAUGACUCUGCCCUCCUUCAAGAAGACCAAACCGAACAUUCAGAAAAUGAACCUGAUCUCGCCAAGUUAAUGGAACGCAUCCGUGCACGGUAUCGCUUAGUUUGUCAAAGCACCGGCUUUGUUCCUCAAAACCGUGCACAGGCACAUGAGAUAUACAACAAUGUACAAACGGACCUCGAUGCUAGCAAUGACGUAAAAAACCCCUCCAUGGUACGAAUAAAAGGAAAACUAGUAAAUGUAAAUCAGCUCAAAUACUAG